CACAAGGGGGGAAAAACCUCAAAAUGUCUGAUGACUGAAAGAAUCUCCGUUUGCUUUCGAUUUGGCAAAAUUCCACAACAAAAAGCUUAAGCAAGGGAAGAGCGAGAGAGAGAGACAAAGUGACAGGCAAUGGAGGUAGAACUGAAAGAGUUGCUGCAUGAUCUCGAAUCUCUCAACCAAUCGCUCCACGAUCCUUCUCAUCGUGCUUCAAUCGAUAAGCUACGAUUGCGUGUAGAACAUCUCACAAGUAUGGAAAGAUCCGGACCUGCUCGGCGUUUAAAAGUCAAGGAUAUGAGCGCCGAGGUGGUAGAUAGCAAUCCCUAUAGUAGGCUAAUGGCACUUCAGAGGAUGGGAAUUGUAGAGAACUAUGAAAGAAUAAGGGACUUCUCGGUUGCCAUAGUUGGAAUAGGUGGUGUAGGAAGUGUUGCAGCUGAGAUGCUGACAAGGUGUGGUAUAGGUCGCCUUUUGUUAUAUGAUUAUGACAAAGUGGAGUUAGCAAACAUGAAUAGGUUAUUCUUUCGUCCGGAACAGGCUGGUAUGACAAAGACAGAUGCUGCUGUGCAGACCCUCUCAGAUAUAAAUCCUGAUGUUGUCCUUGAGAGCUAUACACUGAACAUUACAACAGUGCAAGGUUUUGAGACUUUUAUGUCAAGUUUGAAAAAUAAGUCAUUUCGUCCAAGUAAAGAAGGUAUUGGAGUGGACCUGGUGUUAAGCUGUGUGGAUAAUUAUGAAGCAAGGAUGGUUGUUAAUCAGGCUUGCAAUGAACUGAGUCAGACAUGGAUGGAGUCUGGUGUAUCUGAGGACGCUGUUUCAGGUCAUAUUCAGUUGUUGAUACCUGGUGAAACUGCCUGUUUUGCAUGUGCACCUCCCCUGGUAGUAGCAUCAGGAGUAGAUGAACGUACACUGAAGCGUGAAGGGGUUUGUGCUGCGUCUUUACCUACCACCAUGGGAGUUGUUGCUGGGCUUCUUGUCCAGAACACACUUAAAUUCUUGCUGAAGUUUGGAAAUGUGUCCCCGUACUUGGGAUAUAAUUCUCUUAAAGACUACUUCCCAACCAUGGAAAUGAAGCCGAACCCUCAGUGUUCAAAUGUAGCUUGUCUAGUACGACAGCAAGAGUACAUUCUUGCAAAGCCAGCUAGGGAUGCUGCACUUAAAGCAAAGAUGGAAGCUGAAUCCUUAUCAGUUGAAGAAGGCCCACUUCAUGCUGACAAUGAAUGGAGCAUCAGUGUCCUAGAUGAUAAUGAGCUGAAUAGCAUGGAUGCAACUAGUUCUGAUGCUCUUCCAGAAGGUCUUGUUCGCGAGCUCCCAAGUGCAGACGAGCCUCAGAGAAUGGUGCCUCAUGACGCACCACUUGUUUCUAUUGAUGAUCUAGACGACCUUCGGAGGCAACUUGAUGCUCUUAAUUCUACUUAACGUUCACCAACAGCUCUCCCCUCCCCAAAAAAACUAAUUCCUUAGCAAGUCAAAGGUAUUUAUUGCCUCCAUUGAUCUAACAACCCUUUGGGGGUGUCGGGGAAAUAGUACUGAUACUAUUACCAUUUGAGAUAAGUGUUGUAGGUCAUGUCCUACGCUGUGGGCUAUGUUUAAAUUUUUGUACUAGGCUUGGACU